AUGCAACGCGCAGCUUUUGUGGUGCUGCUCGCAGUCGCGUGCUGUGAGCAACUCCAAGUGCCGGAGGAGUGUGCCGACCAAUCCUUGGAGUUGCGGCAGUUGCGAGUGCAGCGGCGCUCUACGGAGAUCAACGAGACGGGGCCGGAGGAGGCGCCGGAGCUUGAUGGCGCCGAGAACUUCACCAUGUCACCGGAGGACUCCCUCGCAAUUUUCAUGGCUGCACAGCCCGAGUACAAUGAGACACCAGAGCUCAGAUCGCAGUCACACCACAGUUCUCAUCAUGGUCGUCAUGUGAAGACGCUGUAUCAUCAAACCAGCAAACAUGCUGGCCCCAUCAUUUUGAAGCAUGGCUUCCGUCGGGGCCGUGUGGGCUGGUGCGGAGGUGGCAUCUACUUUGCUUUGAGCCCAGGUGCUACCUAUGGGAAGGCGGUUGGCGUUGACUCGCACCAAGGUUUCAUGAUUGAAGCGAAAGUGGAUGUGGGCCACGUGAAGUACGAAAAGCCUUGGUGUACAUCCUCCAGGAGAUGUUGGGGAAUUGCACUUCAACAGGCAAUUCGCUGCAUUGACUCCUCGUACCAAGGAGGCCGCUUUGCCGGCCAGGGCUAUGACUCUCUAUACUUCAAUCCUGGAGAUGGUGGCGAAUACAUGAUAUGGGAUUCAAGCCGGGUGAUUUCAAUGCGCCGUGUGUAG